CUAAAAUUUGCAUAUUUUUCCUUAUUGAAAUCUCAGGAUUGUUUAUGUUAAAUUUGUUUUUUUUUUUUUAGAUUGUAUUUUUCUUGUUCAUUGAUUAGCUCAUCAGUAUAAAGGCCUGUCAGUGCUUAUUUUGGGAUUUGUGUUUCUGGGCUUUAAUUUUUUCCCCCUAGUAAAUUAAGGAAUGGGUUACUUUUUGCACGCAGUUUUAUGUUUAUUGUACAUUUUCUCAGUUUAUUAUUUUGUGGGCAAAUGCCAUUCUUUGUCUAAUAUAGAUCAAGAGAAGGAUAUGAUUAAAUAUUUGCCUGGACAGCCAGCUAAUGUUGAAUUCAAUCAGUAUUCAGGUUACGUGACUGUGAAUCAGACUGCAGGGAGGGCAUUGUUUUACUGGUUAACUGAGGCACCUACAAAUAAAGAGUCUGAGUUGAAACCUCUUGUGUUGUGGCUUAAUGGAGGACCUGGUUGUUCGUCUGUAGCUUAUGGAGCUGCUGAAGAGCUUGGACCUUUUCGGAUUAAUUCUGAUGGGAAGACUCUUUAUCUCAAUCCUUACUCUUGGAACAAAUUGGCGAAUUUGCUUUUCCUAGAGUCACCAGCAGGUGUUGGUUAUUCGUAUUCAAAUACUUCAUCAGAUUUAUAUACUGCAGGAGACCAAAGAACAGCUGAAGAUGCAUACAUCUUUCUUAUGAACUGGGUUGAGAGGUUUCCUCAGUACAAACAUAGAGAUUUUUACAUUGCUGGAGAAAGCUAUGCAGGACACUAUGUUCCUCAGCUAUCUCAUAUUGUAUACGAAAGAAACAAGGGAGUGCAGAAUCCAGUUAUUAAUUUCAAGGGAUUCCUGGUGGGGAAUCCUGUUACUGAUGAUUACAAUGAUUAUAUAGGCACAUUUGAGCAUUGGUGGAGUCAUGGCUUAAUUUCAGAUUCUACUUACAAAACCUUGGGAAUUAACUGUGACUUCGGGUCUGGUACCCAUCCUUCUAGUGAUUGCAUUAAGGCUCUUAAGCUUGCAUCAAAAGAGAUGGGGAACAUUGAUCCAUAUAGCAUUUACACUCCUCCUUGUAAUUAUACAUCUUCACUCCAACGACGAUCAAGGGGUCAUUAUCCAUGGAUGCCUAGAGCAUAUGAUCCAUGCACUGAGCGGUACUCUGAAAUUUACUUUAAUAUCCCUGAAGUUCAAAAGGCAUUCCAUUCCAAUGUGACUGGGAUUUCCUAUCCAUGGGAAACAUGCAGUGAUGUUGUUGGUAAGAACUGGGGCGAUUCUCCAUUGUCCAUGCUUCCAAUUUAUCAAGAACUCAUAGCUGCUGGUCUCAGGAUUUGGGUAUUUAGUGGGGAUACCGAUGCAGUGGUUCCGCUUACAGCGACUCGAUAUUCAAUUGAUGCUUUGAAGCUUCCAACUGUUGUCAACUGGUACCCAUGGUAUGACAAUAAGAAGGUUGGUGGAUGGAGCCAAGUAUAUGAAGGAUUAACUUUCGUAACCGUGACCGGAGCAGGGCACGAGGUGCCACUUCAUCGCCCUCGACUAGCUUUCAUUCUUUUCAGAUCAUUUUUAGAGAACAAGCAUAUGCCAAGCUGAAUCUUGUCCUCAUAGAUAUUGGGUAAAAAUUAUCAACAGAAGAUAGCACGAUGAUCAUACGUUUUAUAUAAUUACUGUUUUUCAUCUUUAACAUUUGAAACCAAUUCAUCAAAUGUUCUGUAAUUUGAAUUCUAGAACGAUUGUAUAAAGGUUAUAAUAUGGUCUUGUAAUAGAGUUCUAUUUGAUUGCUGAUGUUUGAUAUGUUUUUCCUA